AUGAACAUCUCUGAUCCUACCGCUCAAGCUCUCCUUCGAGGUUUGCCGUCGCUCAAGGGUCCAUCUCGCCCUCUGGAUUUAUUCACUCUNCUCCCAUCCAGCCCCCGCGAAGCUUUUACCGAUUGGCUCAAAGACGCGGUUGACAACAAUGUCAAGGAACCCCACGCCAUGACUCUCUCGACGAUCGAUGAACAUGGUUACCCCGAUGCCAAAGUCCUCAUUCUCAAGAAUCUCGAUGGCCGCGGAUGCCAUCUCGCAAUCAAAGCAGACAGGCCUAAGGGCAAACAAAUCAUGCACAAACCCGCUGUCGCAUUGACUUUCUAUUGGCCCCAACUUGGUUGUCAGAUUUGCAUCAGAGGUCAAGCGUCUCAGCUUUCUGCCGAGGAGAGUGCGAAAGACUUUGCCGAAAGGCCUAUGGGGUCGAAGAUCACAGUGCUGGCUUCAAAGCAGAGUGAAGUCUUGGAACACCAUGAUGCUUUGGGUGACGGACACCGUAAAGCCCAGGAAAAGAUCAAGGCAGAACCGGACUUUGUAUCUCCUGCAUGGACGGUCUUCGCGGUUGCGGCCAAUAGUGUCGAGUUCCGGCAAGGCGCGACGGAUCGUAUGCAUCAGAGACUGCGGUACGAAACCUCGAAUGAUGGUAGUGGUUGGGAGAAACAUGUGCCAUACCCGUAA